ACGCGCUCAUUGCCUAAGCGAGUUCGCGAGCGGGUACCACACAUGAUCCACGCACUGUUCGUCAUAAUGUAUUAAGAGCAGUACCGUUAAACUAAUGUGAACACAAACAGAGGGCAGGUGAAAUAUUGUGAAUUGGUUAGUCGAAGCUAACCCUGGCACCCAAAACCAAGCAAGUCGGUCCCACUGGAAAGAGUGGGACCGGGCUGGGGAAAAAUUCUGGAGGAAAAUCGAGUAUUCUGGACACGAGCGGCAAAUCCUCAGGAGCCGGAUAUUCAAGAAAGAGCUCUACGUUGAGUUCCAAGCCACAAAGCAGUAACACCAGCUCGUACACAAAACCUAGUCUACCAUCCACUUCGUUUGGAAAGAGCUACGUUCCAGCUUCGUUCAACAAGCCGAAGACCAAGCCCUCAACCUCCUUUAGUGUACUAUGGAUUCCAACAAAAAAACGCAACAAGAAAAAAGAUAUCGUUUGGAAUUCACACUCUUACGAAAGAACUCCAACAAUGUAUAAUUUCAUGUCUGGAGAUUCGGAACCUUACAAAAAAAGGGAGCAAGAGGUGGGUUUAUUGUUACCAGAGCGUUCAAAGGGACCUGCACCUGUGACAUCUAGUACAAGUGUUGCUGUAGCUGAUGCCGCUUUAGAUACCAAGGAUCUUGAGAACAUUGAUGAGAAUCAGGAAUUUAUCAAAUCUGAUAAAGAUGCUAAAGAUGGCAGAGGAGAUGCAAACGAAAAAUACUCUGAAAACAGUGAUGAUUACCUUGAAAACAAAGAAUUACACAAUAAAUCUCCAGAAGCCAAGUAUGAAAAAGAAUCAGGUGAUAAAGUCGAUAGUGUUUAUCUUCGACCAUCACAACAAAAAACUCUAUCACCACCAAUAGAAGAAGAAGAAGAUUGCGGAAUCAAAUGUCUUUAUUACACUCUACAAUGCUGUGACUGUGUUUUGAUGUGAUCAAUAAAAUAUUUACAUCCAAGCAUUGAAAUCCAAUCUGCAUUUACCUUUUUGUCAUAUUUAUUAUAUUAUAGUGUAAUGAUAAUCUUACACAAUACUCAUUAUUAUAAUGUUACUUAUAUUGGCAGUUAAAUUUCAUUGUAUUGUUUAAAUUCAGUAGCAAAGUGUUAAUAAAAUCAACCUGGUUAGUCUUUCAACCACCAUUUCAUAAUUAAAUUUGUAAUGAAAUUUGACAUUGAAUUAAACUAAAAUGUUUGUUAUUGAACCCUGGUGGAAUUCUCUGGUAUGUAUUAUGUUAUGCUUUGAAUGUUAUUUCAGCUGAUACUUUAAGGACAAACAUAUACACAAUGUAUAUUUCUUGGAAUAUAUUUAUAACCAUUUUGUGCCAAAAUUAAUGUAAAGUAACAGAGCCUUUAAACUGUUAUUAUAUGCUAUAAUUUACAAUACGAAUUUAAGAGACAUUAACAAUACUAUAUUUUUUGAAAAACAUAUACAAAAUAUAUUUUUGCAUUCCAUGACGAUGAGUCAAUCCAUGUGAUAAUGAGAUAUUAUAUUUUUGUAUAACUUUACUUACAAUAUUAGAUAUUAGAAGAUAGCUAUGGAUUAGACUUAGAUUAAGAAAUAUUAUAGCUUGAUCUGAAUUGUAUUAAACAGUGAAUAGUGAGAAGCUUUUUAUGAAGUUCUCAAGUUUAGAUUAGCAUGUUUGGAGUAUGAGGGACGAAAUUUUUUCUCAACAGUAUUGAAAUGAUUUUUUGUUUAGUUCACUAUACUUAGUAUAACGCAUGAAUGCAAAGUUUUUUUAAAAGUAUAUACAUAUUUUUAAAUGUUGAAUACAUGUUAUACCUAAUGUUAAGUUCACCUGUUAACAUUCAUACUAGUUUAUAUAAUAUUUUACUACAUUUGUGUAAACCUCAUUAGCUUUAUUUUCUUUAAUAUUCAAAUUAGUAUUUUUCUUUUUGUUAGUAGUCUGUAUUAUUAAGACAAAGGACUAUACUACGUGUUUUGUAGAAUGUAGUUUAAAUAUUUCUAUUUUUACAUUUAAGGACUGAAAUUAAAGAAGUCAGAUAACCA